AUUUUUACUGAUGCCUUACCAUUUGAGUGAUCUGUUAAUGUUGCCCAUACAGCAGUUUUAAGCUUUCAAGCUACAUUUUAAGAGUGUUAUUAAUUAAUAAUUUUGUGACACCAAAAUGCGAUUCUAUUACUAUGAACAUCCCAUCACACCACAGCGCUGGAGGGCUGUGGAUGUGCGGGACGGUAAGGGUCUCUUGUGGCACGGAGUCAUAAUCAACGUUGUGGAAGCGGGUUUAAUUGUUGACUUUCUGUAUCCCGGAAGGCGCUCGCAACUGAUCGAAUUUGGCCAAGCGUUCCGCUGCAAAGGCUGCUUCUAUAAGUCGUGUUGCGAUAGUUCCAAAGUCACAUUCCAAGAUCCGAUUGAGGUCCUUGUGAAGGCUUCUCCGAAGCACCCGUGGACUUGGCACCCAGCUAGGUUUCUGGAGAAAUGUGUUAUCUGGAACAUGUUUGUUUUCGUGCAAGUAGAAGUGAAUGGCACGGAAUGGAAAGAGCUUGUUCCCAUUUGGCAGGUUCGUCUUCGACCGUCCACAAAAGACUUGCAGGAACGCGUCAUCGUGCAAGGCCACAUCAGCUCGCGGUCGUGUCGUUUACCUAAAGGAUACCGUGAAGGCCCAGUGGAACACGACGUGUGGGAGGAAUGGAAGCGAGAAAUGGAAACGGAUGGAUCGAAGGCUUAUCCUGUUUGUGUCCUUGGCAAUGUGCAACGCCGAUUUAUGUGCAACGCCGCGACACGUCUCCCAUCGAGUCCUCUUAUCUGGAAGAGCUUCAGGGAGACGUUGGCAAAACACUUGAAAACUGUAUCCGCCGCUCCGGCCGUUAUUUCUGAUGGAUCUGUGGAUAUGCAGUUCUCCGCAUUGAGUCUGAACAUAAUCAUCGAUAUAUUCCGAAUGCUGAGUACCGUAGACCGCACCAAGUGCCGUCGGGUCUGCGGUCAGUGGGAUGCCAUUCUGACGUCGGGGGGUACCAUGGGCGACAUUCGAGUGUCGUUUGCCACCAGCUCAAUUUGGCCGGAGACUCAGUACAUCUUCUUAGUCAGCAUUCUGAAGUCCCUGGACCCGGCUACGAAGUGGAUUAUUAUCAAGAAUUGCGAGCAUAACCGAACUUUCAACAAUCUGCUAAUUGAGUGCGUGUCAUGGAUUGCUAAGGUGUCCAUGGAUACAAACGCCAAGAAGCUGCAGAUAAUCAUCCACAAAUGCUUCUUGGACGACUGGGAUGCUGACGAUGUUCGGGUUUUCAUUUUUGACUAUCUCCGUAGCUUCGCUCAGCAGCUGUUUGAUGUUGCGAAACGCUUACGUGGCACCGUUCUGGUGUGGAGUAGUUGCACAUAUCGAGCGCCGUUAACACUUCCGAAUGUGCACACCCCAAUGGGCAAAGGAUCAAUGUCGUUGUCGUCACAAACUGUGGAUAGUAUGGAGGCGACGCUGUACAGUUUAUUUGAGAAAGACCUGCCUGUUCUUGUCCCGUUGGACGAACUUUCCACGUGGAUAUCUGAGGUUGCUAUUGGUGGACCGGAAGCUGUGGAAAAAAGUGGAAUUCUGCCGAUUCUGAAUUAUUACGGAUCGCUGGACUGCCGCAUGAAGAAGCUGGGUAAAUUUGUAAAGUCAACCGCUGGAAAUUUGAAAGGUUUGGAUGUGACGAAACUGCCGAAAUUGGCCGUGUAUGUCUUGGGUCUCAAAAUGAUGUCGUGCCAGGCCAACGUCGCAGUGUGAAGAUUGUAAUAUCGUUAUCAAGUAGCAAUCAAAACACUUUCUGGCUCUUUUAUUAUGUUUGUUUGGUUGUUAUUAAUGUGACCUGGGCCGCUAACCAUGUCAACGGGGAAUCUCGCGCUGUGGUUUCACUUAUUUUAUGGGAGUUGUUGUUCCUUUUGUUUGGAAGUUAUAACUAUAAGUACUUGUUGCUCACUGUAUGAUAACAAUCUUAAUUUUUCUUUUAAAAUGUCGCAAAACCUGUCAUGCAGGCAAUAAAAGGUCCAAAAUUUCCUGCAAAACUGUGUUUUUGCUGUCUCUGUAGUCCGGAGUGGUGUUCGGGUACUAGUAUACAGUAACCGCAUUAAAUACGAGUAG